AUGGGAGGGUCGGAGGAGGAGCCGGGAGAGCACGGGGUCGACCGGGCUGGGCGAGGGGAGGGGGCAGAUGACGGUAGCGAGAACCCCGGCGGGGCGGGGCAGGUCAGCACGUCCCGGCAGGGCUGCGGCGGAGCGAGCGGAGCCAACUCUGCAGAAGACGGCGGCUGCUCGCCCGGACGGUCAUAUCCCGCUGCAGGGGCCGGCGGAGGCCGCCGCACUACCGCCCGCACCGAGGACCGCGGCCGGCGGCCGGGCCGCGCGACACCGCCCCCCGCUCACGGACGGACCACUCGGCGGGUCCGAGCUCUGGGGGUCCCGCAGUCUCGCGCCCCGCGCCCGCUGCGCCUCCGCCCUCCGCCCGCAGCUCGGGCCCGCGCUGCCCGCCUCGCCGGGCCCGCGCCGGAAUGGGGUAGGGGCAGCACCGCGGAGUCGGGCGAUGGGCCGCCCUCUGGGCACCGAGCAGCCUCCCUAGGCCUGAACCGACCGCAGGGACCGGCGGAGCGCCGCCUGGAUGUCAAGCGGACGCCCCAGCGCUUCCCAGCGGACUCAGCGGGGACCAUGGCUUCGCUGGUGCCCCUCUCCCCAUAUUUAAGCCCCACGGUCCUCCUGCUGGUCAGUUGUGACCUAGGAUUUGUGCGAGCAGACCGGCCUCCGUCUCCUGUGAAUGUGACAGUCACUCACCUUAGAGCUAACUCCGCCACUGUGUCCUGGGACGUCCCAGAAGGCAACAUCGUCAUUGGAUACUCCAUUUCCCAGCAACGACAGAAUGGCCCUGGGCAGCGUGUGAUCCGGGAGGUGAACACCACCACUCGGGCCUGUGCCCUCUGGGGCCUGGCUGAAGACAGCGACUACACGGUGCAGGUCAGGAGCAUUGGCCUUCGGGGAGAGAGCCCACCUGGACCCCGGGUGCACUUCCGAACUCUCAAGGGUUCUGACCGGCUACCCUCCAACAGCUCAAGCCCAGGUGACAUCACAGUGGAGGGUCUGGAUGGAGAGCGACCAUUGCAGACAGGGGAAGUGGUCAUCAUUGUGGUGGUGUUGCUCAUGUGGGCUGCUGUAAUUGGGCUCUUCUGCCGUCAGUACGACAUCAUCAAGGACAACGACUCCAACAACAAUCCGAAGGAGAAGGGCAAAGGCCCAGAACAGAGUCCGCGGGCAAGGCUGGCAGGAGCCAGACAGAAAAAGUCACCAUCCAUCAACACCAUUGACGUAUGAGUGAA